CGUAACUAUUUACUCUAUGUGUUAAUACAACUUUUUUUGUUCUUUAAUGAGCUAGCAGAUUGUUGCAAUUUUUUAGUACUUCUGCACAAUCUUUGUCUUUAAAGUUUUCCAUAAGAUAUUUUUCCAAAUUUAUCCAAGCAAGGACAUUUGAACCUUAAAGUCCAGAACCAAAAUUCAUCCAGUCUGUCUUUUUAAUGGAGAAGUACCACAGUUACCUUUUUUUGGGAAUGUAUGGUCAAACUCUAGCUACGUGAAAAUCAUAUAAAACCACAUGUUGUCACAAUUCUUUUCAACUUCAGCGUAACGAUUUUCCUUUUUUCAACUCAAAUGUUCCAAAUGCUUCCAUAUAUAUGGAGAAAAAAAAUUUUACUCCUCUUGACUAUAAAUGCUUCACCUUACUGUAUUUAUUGAGGUUCAUUUUCAGUAAAGGUAAGUUGCAAUAUUUGUGCAAAGCCCCUUUUACUUUCUCUGCUUCUCCCCUUACACGAAAUAUGCAUCAGCUUUACUCCUCUUUCUUCAUCUUUCUCUCUUACAUCCCAUUUUCGUGAAACUUUUGACAUCAUCUUUUUUAAAACCAUCAAAGCUGAUUCGGGCGCCAAACGGGUCGACCCGGAAUACCCAUCUCCUUUCUCAUUUCCACUCUUUAAAUCAGAGCAAAAAUGAUGUCUUUUUUACCAUACCAAGACCAAGAAAGCAAAUAGUAUACACUACUGUAAGAAGUAGGGUUCAUUUGUAUGGUCUCUUCUUAUAGUUCUUAUGAUGUGUAUAUAUGUUCCUUUCUUUGUUUCAAGUACUGAUCCUUUUCUCUGUUUUGUCUCUAUCGUUUUGUAGUUGAGCCAAUAUAUAAGGUAUUAACUUUAAGAGAGGAAAAAAGAUGGAUGAAGCAUUUAUCCCUGAUGUUCUUCCUGAGUUCUUUUUAUGCUUUCCACAGACGAGAAUUCCUCCAGCCUUUCUCAAAUUCUUCAAUGGAGAGACUCCUGCACUCUUUGUGCUUGAAGGUCCUGCAGGAAGAUCUUGGCAGGUUGGUGUGGAACAGAUUGAGUCCGAUUUAUUUUUCAAAAGAGGUUGGCCAGACUUUGUGGAGGAGAAUAAUUUAGAGUAUGGAGAUUUUCUAACAUUUUGCUACGCUGGAAACUCAAAAUUAUAUGUUAAAAUAUAUGAAAAAGAUGGCUGCUUAAAGCAAGACCAAGAAAAUGUGCAUGCUCCUUCUCCUCCUGCUCCCACUGAUCAAGCAGCUAACGAGUCAGGAAACUCUAAUGUCUCAAUCACUUUAUUCGAACUCGUCAUGAAUGAAUAUUGUUUGAAGAGAAAGCGUUUGACUAUACCAGCUGUAUUUGGCAAUAGAUUUAUGAAAAGGGGGGAAGAGAAAAUUGCUACUCUGCGAACUGGUAGUGAUAGCUGGCAGGUUAAAGUUUGCCGUGAUGAUAGAUUUUUACUUCGGAAAGGGAUUGGCAAAUUUAUGUGCGACAACAAUUUGCGUGUAGGAGACGCUUGCCGCUUUGAACUUAUUGAUGAGGAGGAGUUCAUAAUGGUGGUUCACAUUAGACGAUUUCCCAGAUAAAGUAAUCAUAGAAAUAGUGGCAAAUCCCUUUUGUUACGUUUAGCAAUGUUUCUGCUUUAGAGAAUAUAAUAUAUGUAGUACUAAGCAUUGCACUGUGGAAUAGAAAGUUGAUGUGUCAGAUUGUUGUUUUUGAAACAUAUGAGCCUGUUUGGAUUAG